CAGGCGAUAUCGCCGCACAGGCGGGCGCGCGCAUGCGCGAGGGGUACGCGACGGGGCUGCCGCGCGGCGCGGCGCUAACGGACGCGUCAUACAGAUACAGGCAUCUUGCAGCUCAACGCAGGCAGGUUCCCGUGGAGGAUCUGUUUCAGCUCAGAGACUCCACCAAACUCUUGGUGACCAGGCCUGAACCCCUCAGGGUAAUUCCAGAAGCUAUGGACAUACUCUUUAGAAUACGAGGAGGCUUGGAUCUGGCAUUUCAACUUGCAACUACUGAUGAGGCAUCAACAAAAGAGGCGUUAAAAUAUAUUUUCAGUGAUCUUGCGAACAAACUGUCUUCAGAUGUUCUUGUAUUACGAAUUUGCCAUAGUUCUGUUUAUGUGUGGCCUAAUAAUGGUAUGAACACUGUUCCUUCAGAACUGACUGAUGAUUCUGCUUGUAAAGAGAUAAUACGAUUUAUACAAUUUGAUCAAGAUGAUGAGAUCAGACGAAAGCUUGGCAAAAAAAAGGAUAAAAAGUUACAAGAUACGCAGCAGAUAGUCAAUAUAGACCUGAUGUUAGAGAUGACAUCUUCAUUAACUGCUUUGGCUCCAGUCAUUGAAAGGGAAAACAAAGAACACCACUAUAUUAGUAUGACGCUACCGGUUGAUGUUGUUGUAUCUGUUUCUCCAGAAGAAACUUGGGGAAAGGUACGGAAUCUCCUGGUGAAAGCAAUUCACAGGCAAUUAACUGAUAUGGAAAGAUGUAUCAUGAAAUACAGGAAGGGAACAUCAAUUGUGGUACCAGAACAAUUUCAUUUCAUGUUACCAGGAAAAAAUCACCUUGUAACAAUCUCAUAUCCUACGGGUAUUUCGGAUGAUCAACUGGAAAGUUACAGAAAGGAAUUACAUGGGUUGUUCAAUCUGCUGUGUGAUAGACCAUAUUUCAAGAGAGCAAAUGCUUAUCAUUUUCCAGAUGAACCAUAUAAAGAUGGAUAUCUCAGAAAUCCACAUGUCCAUCUGAAUCCACCUGGUACAGACUCUGGUACAGUUUAUUUAGUACAUGGAAUAUACAGUUACCAUCAUUAUAUGCAGGAUCGGAUUGAUGACAGUGGUUGGGGCUGUGCAUACCGUUCUUUGCAGACUAUCUGUUCUUGGUUCAAGCACCAAGGUUACAUGGAUGCAUCUAUACCAACACACAAAGAAAUUCAACAGGCACUGGUUGAUGCUGGAGACAAACCAGCAGCAUUUGUUGGGUCACGGCAAUGGAUCGGCUCUAUUGAGGUACAGCUUGUUUUGAACCAACUUUUUGGAAUAACAUCAAAAAUAUUGUUUGUCAGCCAAGGUUCUGAACUAGCUUUGCAGGGAAGAGAACUUGCUAACCAUUUCAAUACCGAAGGAACCCCAGUUAUGAUUGGUGGAGGCGUUUUGGCUCACACAAUAUUAGGAGUAGCUUGGAAUGAGAUUACAGGACACACAAAAUAUUUGAUUCUAGACCCACAUUACACUGGAGGAGAAGAUCUGCAUGUUAUUUUGGAAAAGGGUUGGUGUGGAUGGAAGGGCCCAGAGUUUUGGAACAAGGAUGCUUAUUAUAACCUGUGCCUACCACAACGGCCAAAAACUAUUUAAAUUUUAAUCUUAUGCUGGAACAUGCUGAACCAGAAUACUAGCUAAUCUAGAUAAAACUGUCUUGUUAUUUAUGUUGUAUACAGAAGAUUUGGAAAAAGCUUUAAGUCAGUCAAAUCAAACCACUUGAAAUAGAAAUGUUACUUAACUAAGACAUUUAAAAAAUGAAACCUUUAAAAAUAAUGGAACAGCUGUGAACUGUAUUUCUGUACAAAUACAUUUAUUAAGUAACUAAUAGUCUUGUCUUAAGGCUAAGAUAAAAAUGUUAUAUAAACUUGAAGUUUUUAUGCUAAAAAGCUUUAAAAAGUCAAAGCCCAAGCUUUUUUUUUUUUUAAAGAAAUUUUCUUGCCAGAAAGAUGAACUGUAUUCUGUCAUUCAGAUUCCAUACAGCUAGCAGUAUAUAUGCAAUACAUGUUUAAAGGCAAUGUUUACUGCUUUUACUGUGAAUAACAGCAUUUUGGAUGAGAGGGGUGGCAUAAAAAUCAUUGUAUGUACUUAAUUUUAUCAACUUUGUUUUCAAAUUUACACAGAAAAAAUAUGAGACUUUAAGUUGUUAUAGGCUCAUUUAUUUAUAGCUGUUUGAAUACAACUAUUCUAGAGAGAAAAAAAAUAGUCUUCUUUAAGAAGUAAAAAUAAAGCUUUCCUCCUUCUCAGAAGUAGAUAAUGUAACAGCAUGUAUCAGGCUGUUCAGUUCAUAGUUCAGUCAUGUUUCUUCAGACUUAAAGUUCUUCUUAAUUUUCUUUUGGGAUUACAAGCUGUUUCUUUUGUCAGCUAUGCGAUAACAUCUGCCAUAUAAACAAACAAAAAUAAGUCUGUAGCUAGUGUCAUCAAACCAUUAGGAUACAGUUGUGCUCAGAUCCUUUCUUUGUAUCAUACUUCAUCAGUACAUCACUCAGAAUACUUAGGAUUUCUUUUUUUACUGUGAGAAAAGCCCUUUCAGUGGCAUUUCCUAUACAAUACGCUAUUCUUACUGGACAACAACCUUAAAUAUGAAUGCAAGAAGGGACUUGCUGGCAAAUAUCUAAAGCUGACCACUAUGUAACUAUUGCGAUGUAAACUAUAUGCAACUAUAACUGAGUUUAUGUUCUUAAACACUAAAAGCAUAAACUAUUGUAUUAGAAAUACUCUAAGCUGUAGUAAACUAGUGGUCUUACA